UAAAAUCAGUCAAGGCAUACAUUCCACAAGCAUGAUAGUUUAUCUUUUAUCGCGUGCUUGCUGAAGUUUGUUUACUGGUAAUUUCUCUGUUCGUGAAAAAUGCGGAUGUGGAAUUGUUUCAAAUUCUAUGGAAUUUAUAUAAUAGCUUCUUGCACUGCUUUGGCAGUGCUUGGACAAGCCGAUGUAUCCCCAAGAGUCUACUCACUUCAUAUAAGAACUGAUAUUCAGUUUCGAUUUGCAACAACACUGGUAACAAGCCGAGUGGCCAACCCAGCCAACUACUCACAGGAGACAGUCUUUGAUGUCAUAUUACCACAGGAAGCCUUUAUUUCAAACUUUACACUUGAGAUAAAUGGCGUUGUAUAUCCUGGGAUUGUCAAAGACAAAAAUAAAGCAAAAAAGGAAUAUGAAGAAGCAAAGAAGAAAGGACAGACCACUGGAAUUGUCAGUCAAGAGAGAAGGGAUACCAGAACGUUCAAGGUCAAAAUAACAGUUGCUGCUUUCGGUAAAUCUACAUUCAAUUUAACCUAUCAGGAACUACUUAAGAGAGUAAGAGGAGCGUAUGAACACAGGACGUUUGUAACACCAGGAUAUCCUGUUAAGGACUUACAGAUAAGCGUUGCAAUCCAAGAAUCACGUGAUUUAACAAAGUUGUCGGUUCCGCCAAUUAGAGCACUGAAUGACGUACUUAUAGAAGCUGAGGACGUCACAGAAAAUGCUUUAGCAGUGAUAACUAGGCCCACUGGCAGAAGCGCAUACAUAAGUUAUGCUCCAUCAGUAGAUGAACAGGAUCCUGGUGGCGUGUCUGGAGAAUUUAUUGUUCAGUAUGAUAUUGACAGGUCACUGGAUGGUGGCGAUAUCCUGGUUGUAAAUGGAUAUUUUGUGCAUUUCCUUGCCCCGGAUAUCAAAAAAUCUAUUCCUAAAGACGUCAUGUUCAUUUUGGAUGUCAGUGGUUCAAUGGAUGGACGAAAACUUGAACAAAUGCAGGAUGCAAUGUAUGUGAUCUUAGAUGAGCUACAAGAAGGGGAUAGAUUCAACAUCUUAAUCUUUAGCAGCUAUACACGCACAUACCAGCCAAACAUGAUAGAUGUCACAAAGGACGAUAUUUUCAAAGCAAAAGAAUUCAUAAAGAAUAUUGAUCCUUCAGGCGAUACUGAUAUAAAUAAAGCUGUACUGGAGGGUCUCGACCUGCUGAAAAUAUCAAAGCAAGAAGGCGAACGAUCUCCAGUUAUUGUGUUCCAGACAGACGGCCAGCCCACUGUAGGAGUAAGAAGUGAUAAAAGAAUACUGAGCAAUAUAAUAUUCGCCAAUGAAGAACAUAUACCGAUAUUCAGCUUGGCAUUUGGAAGUGACGCGGACUGGAGGCUGGUACAGAAAAUGGCCAUUCAAAACGAUGGUGUAGCUAGAAAAAUAUAUAAUGAAUCAGAUGCGGAUUUACAAAUCAGUGGUUUCUUCGACGAGCUAGCAGUCACAUUACUCAACAAUGUCUCAGUGAAAUACCUUGAGGACGCCGUGGACGAUGAGAGUUUAACCAAGUCUGAGUUCAAGAACUAUUUCAAGGGAUCUGAACUUGUGGUUGCCGGCAAACUUUCAGACUCUAGGGCGGCUAAUCUGGACCUUGAAAUUUUCAGCAAUACUGUGGACGGAGCUUUAGUGCUGACCGUGGACAAAGACUCGAAUUUCAUUGAUGUGUCAGAUGCUAACAAUUUAAUGCAACUUACUGAUUUCCAAGAAAUAACGGAGAAAACCUGGGCAUACAUCACUAUAAAACAACUGCUAAAUAGUGCUGUCGGGGAAAGUGACAAGACUGCCGUCCAUGCCAUGUAUAAAAGAGCAAAGAAACUGUCUUUGAAGUAUGGAUUUGUGACGCCGUUGACAUCAAUGGUCGUCACAAAACAAGAAGUUGAGCAUGACGAGUGGAGACCACCGACGGCACCGAAGCCCCCAGCACCAACAGCUCUUUACUACCGGCAGUACAGCAGCUACGGAGGCGGAGGGGGCGGAGGAGGUGGUGGAUAUGGCGGCGGUGGUGGAGGAGAUCCCCACUACAUGAUACGUAUCAAAAAUAUGGAACAUCCGAUUUGCUUCGAUGUCCAGAGUAAGGAAGGGGAGGUUCAUAAUCUCAUAACAGAUCCAAGAAACAAAAUCACAGUAAACGUUCAAAUUAUCAGUGGAGGGAUGGGUAAAAAAGGUGAAGAAAAGACAUAUAUUGGAGAAGUAGCUGUGCACAUGUCUCAUCAUGUAAUAGUCAUCACACCAGACGCCAUCUUGUUUGAUACCAAGGUUUUCAAGUGGAAAGAAGAAACAUUGAAACAUUUUGGAGGGCACGACUUCAUGCUGUCAGAAAAUGGUAAACUAUUUACCAUGCUGUUUAAGUUUGGAGCUAAAGUGAUUAUAAGUCGACAUACGGGAAAGGAAACUGGAAAACAUUAUCUGAACGUAUAUGUAAAUCAUGAAGAUGCAUUCAGCAAAAUGACUACUGGGUUAAUUGGGCAAUUUGUAAACGGAUUCAAACAUAUUUAUCUACGCAAGCAACUCAUAAAUAAAAGUGGACAGACAGAGGCUAGACUUCAGAUAAGAGAAGGAGCCAGGUUUCCGUCUCACUCUGGCGGAAAUGGCACCACUGGUGACGCAGGAACUCGAACACGUCAUAGAAUUACUGCCAGACUUGUCCAAAGAUCGGAAGUUAUAGGAAAAGGAUCAGAAAUGUGCUGGAUGGUUCACAAGCAGUUUAAAGAAUCACUCUUUGGUAGUCGCGCAACCUUCAUGAGAACCGAUUUAAUGGACAUCUGAUAGAUAUUUAAUUUUGAGACUUUUGGGGAAUGUUUCUCUAAACUGUCUUCAACAUUCACUGUGAACAAAAGUGUUUUACCCUUACUGCAGUGGAAUCGAAACUUUUAUUGGGGUGUACAAUUCUUUCAUGGCAGGAAGUCACCCAGGUCAGACUUUCUACUCAGAUGCACCUAGUGUCUUCCUGUGCCAUCAAAAACUGGACCUAUAAUUGUGUCGGUGUGACGUUGAAUACAAAACUCAAUAAAAAAUCCUCUGGACACUUGUAACAAUGCUACUAAUGCCGCAUAAAUUGUAUAAAUUAGUGUAUUAACAUCACUGUCCUUUGGCUGGUAAUAGUCGGUUUCGAUCUAACUGACUCAUUUAUGUCCUGCAUAUUUUCAAGCAAUGACAUUUUAGAAUGUC